AUGUCGUCAAAGAGAAAGAAUACCGAGGGCCCCAAGGUCACACUGGAAUACGCCAAAGCUGACCUCGACGCAGGCAUCGAGGGUCCCUUCCUCGCUGCGUUCCCUGGAAUUGCGCCACCAAAGAGCGUUCCCUUCAAUGUCUACAAGCCCGACUCGGAAGAGUCAAAGAACAAGAAGAAGAGGAGAAUCGUGGAGGCUGACACAGGAAAGGUCGAGUUUGUCGGACAGAACUUUGGCGACACUGCUCGCGCUGGAUACUGCAGAUAUGUUCUUGCAAUCCGCGACAAGGACACUAACAAGAUCACCUUCAAGGAUGCCCCUAUCAUUUCUGUCAACCGUACCAUCAAAACGCUGAAGAACGCCAAGCCUCAAGUUGCAAACAGGGAGCAGGUACGUGACCAGCAAGGAAAGAAAGGCGACAUGAAUGUCAAUAUCCUCGAAUUUGUGGAUCUUUACUGCCAAGGAGAUCUGGAGACUGACAUGAACGACACGAUGGUGUUCAUUCAAGCCAAGAACAUCUUGGGACACACUUUCGGUACCAAGAAGAUCAAGCAGCAGAUCAACUCUGUGGCCCGCAACGCCGUCAACGUCAGCGCCUUGGACAGCAUUGCUGGAAUCCUUCACGACUCUAUUGCCGCAAAGACAAGCGCUCUUCCUUCAAAGGAGAGCAUCAAGGCCAGAGCCGACGAGGACAGACCUAUCCCUCCUUUCGAUCUUGCUGCAACAAAGGUCGAGGAUAUCUACAAGAUCGACUCUCUCAUCACACCUGCGGAGUACCAGGUCAUUCCUUUCAAGGCAUUGCUCGAGAAGACCAACCAGCCCUUGGCUGCUUUGCCUUUCCAGAACUCUUCUUAUGUCAACGGAGCCCUCACUGCCGCAUUAUCUAUCAGCAAGAAGGAUCGCCACAGAAUCCGCUUGUUGAUGUACAUUAGCAUUCUGAUGGCCUUCAGGACUAUCCCCGACAGGAAGCUGGACGAUAGCGAAAUUGUGAACAAGAUCAUGGGCGAUGUUCCCAGCGUGAUCAUGGAGAACUUGUACGAGCGUUUCACAGAGACCCCCGAGGGCGUCGACAAGAAGAGACACACAUUCACACCAAAGUCAAAGGACAAGUUGCUUUGCUGGAUUCUCGCUAUUGCAUUGACUCUGGAGAACUUCAACAUGGAUGCCGGUGCCCUUACCAGGGACUUGUCGAUGAAGCAGACCAGAGUGAACGAGCUCUACAAGUCUUUGGGCUGCAAAGUCAAUGAGUUGACCGCCACCGAGAAGGCACAGUCUGGUGCUUCGAACGAGGAAGUCAAGUCCAUGAAGCGCGCCAUUUUGACCGUUCCCCUCACAUUCCCCCUGCCUAAGCGUGGUCCCAAGGCCAAGUAA